AUGCAAUAUACACCGGAACAAAAACGCCCAAAUUCGCAUCCUCAUGUUCUCAAAGUGAAUUCAGACGGCCAUGAACGGCAGAGGCAGAUGUUGACUACACAGAUUAACGCAACUCGCAAUAGCAUCUCAGACUUGGCAGCGGAAGUCCAAAAUUUGGAACGA